AAAAAAUAUACAGUCAAAUCCAGAAGCUCAAAUUAGGGACUUGAGCUCAACUAAUCAGAGAUAUGAAACGCUUAAUCCGCCUUCAGAGAACUUUCGAAUCACAUUUACCUAGUAAUUCAAUAAAUAAUUAAAAAGUCAAAAUGGGGAUCGCACGCCAUCAAACCGACAGACAUAUCCGAGGAAAAGAUACCAGUUGAUCUCCUGUCUUCGAGAAGUGAAAUUUACUUACUGUAUAAAUUAUAAGGAAAGAGAAAAUUCAGUACUUUUUUUCGCAAUUCUCAACCUCUUGUUUAUAAUGUCUUCGGUCUCCUGUAAUGUUGACUGUGAUGAACUUGAGAGCAAUGCAGAGAGAGCUGAAGAAAUUGGUAUUGGGAUUGUGGGUGGAGGGCUGGCAGGCCUUGCUCUUGCACUGGCCCUGCAAGAGCGAAAUAUCCCAUGUCAUGUGUUCGAAACUCAUCCACCAUCAAUGAGUGCAGACACAGCCUCCAUUGUUGGCAUUGGCCUCAAUGGCAUAGCCGCUCUUGAAGGAAUCAAGCUUGGUCUCACUACAUAUUUAGCCCAGACUGGGGCUUAUUCCACUAAAGUCAAAUUUGUCACCUUUACAGACAUUGGAGAGUCCACAGUACAAGAAUUUGUUCCAGAGAAGAUAUUGAUCCUCACAUGGAAGUCACUUCACAGAGUUUUGGACAGCUUUGUUAGUAGAUCCAGGAUUUCUCACUCCCACAAGCUGCUGGCCUAUAAGCCUUGCAAGGGUGGUGUUGAGGCCUAUUUUAGGUGCCCCAAAGAGGGUACAGAAGAUCAUAGAAUCAAGGUGGUUCCCUGCAAACUUUUGAUUGGGGCAGAUGGGAUUUGGUCUGCUGUUCGCAAACAGAUGGUUGGGGAUGCUCCCAGAUACCUGAAAAUGCGAACAUGGAGUGCAUUAGUCCAUGAUCCACAUCUCAAGCUGUUUGAUGGGCUUGAUAAAGGAGAUUUCAUUAUGCAAAGAGAAAAAAGGACCAGUACCACCUUCAUCGCAUCUAGUACAGGAGAUUAUACCAUCUGGUCACUUCGAAAGUUGGACCAAAUAGGGGGUAUAGCAGACUCGGUCUCAACAGAACGAACAACCCGUGGAAGCCUUGGCUGUAAACAUCGUGCUUUACAGCAACUUGACGGGAUUGAGUUAUGGGAUGAUCUGCGAAAUGCUAUUGAGGCAACCAGUGAAGAGAUCAUAACAGAAAGGAAGAUAAUGGAUAGAUUGCCACUCAAUAAAUGGAGUGAUGCAGAUGGACAUGUCCUAUUGAUUGGUGAUGCUGCACAUGCACAGUUUGUUGGGCCUGGACAAGGAGCAAUGUCCGCAUUUGAAGAUGUGCAUCAACUCUCUCUUCUUCUUGAAUUGGCAAGUGGGUCAUCAUUUUCAGAGGGAAGCAUUCAAGAGGCUGUUAAAAGGUUCGAGGAGUUGAGAAUUCCGCGCACAAAGAAGAUGCAAGAGUAUGCAUCCUAUUCUACCAUGAUUCCAGAAUUCCAACCGGAGUGGUCUAAACAUUUAACUGCAGAAGAUGGAUUGAAAGUGACUGAGGAGUACAGAAAAUGGGUUGAGGCAUACCCCAACAAACAGCAGGGUGAUCCUGAUUCAUUCUACUUCAAGUAAAUAAUUACAAAAACUUUUGUUUAUCCUGAAUAGUCUAGUUACUAAUCAUAUCAUAGAUAUAUGGUUAUAAUAAUACCUUCAGGAUGUCAUCUCAUUCAACUACACAAUGGUAGAGUAAAAGCAACACAAAUACACAUCAAUCACUAUUGCAAUUGCUCCUUCCUUAUCAGUAGACCGUGGCUGGGAUGUAAAUGAAAAUGGAUUCUUUUAUAGUCCAUUAGACAGGGUCAUAUGUUUUUUUAUCUACAGAAUAUGGAAUUAUUUCAUAGUUCAUAGAAGGACAUCUAACUGUACUGCAAUUGAAACGUAAAUAUACUUUAAUUUCUUUGA